CUCUCUAUCUUUCAAUCUCUUCACACAACAAAGAAAUAUACAAAUUGGUUUUCAUCACCAAAAGAAUAGAAAGAAAAAUUACAAAUUUGUGAAAAACCCAAAAUGGGAAACUGCUUGAGACGUGAAUCUAGUUCAAUGGUAUGGGCUGGUGAUGAUUGGGGUUCCCUCAAUUCUUCAAAGAACCACCAUGAUGCAAUGAUAGCUGAAGCUGAUCAUGACCAUAAAGGCAACAACAUGGAAAGGCAUAGGCUUCUUGGUAACAUGUCUUCCUCUUCUGCAAGUGCUGGUAAUAAUCAUGCAAGAGAGGUGAAGAUCAAGAUUACAAAGAAGGAGCUGGAAGAGUUGGUAAACAUGCAAGGUUUGUCUAUGGAACAAGUUCUUGCUCGUUUAGCAGAAGCUGCUGAUGAUGGUAAAUAUGAGUUGGAACGUCAAAGGUCAUGGAGGCCAGCCCUGCAAAGCAUUCCAGAGGUUAAUUAAUAGCCAAUUAAGCUCAUCACUGUGCAUAUAUGUCAUUUUAUGUAGAGGUUAGAAUAUCAAUGUAUUCAGUGGGUGAGAGGGAGAGGCAUUUAUUAUUAUUAUUAUUAUUAUUUUUUUUUUGAGAAGCUAGAGGCAUGUAAAUAGUUAAGUCUGUUGCAUCUAACUUUCAUUGUAUAUAUAUAUAUAUUUUUUUUUCUGAUAGGAAUUUUCAUUGUAUGUUGAGA